AUGUUUGGAUAUUUUAAAGCUAUUGUAAAUGAUUUGAAAGAUGAUGAUGAAAAAUUGCCAACUUUAAAAAGUUCAGAAGAAAGUAAGAUUGAAUCCAAAGAAGUGAAUGAAAUUAUAAAUCAACCCAUCAAACAGUUUGAAAUUGAUGAAACAAAUGUAAAGGAAAUAAGUAAAGAUGAUGAUUAUGAUAAAGUUCUGGAUAGAGAAAAAGAUUUACUUCAAAAACUUUCAAAAUUUCAAAACUUGUAUUAUGAAGAACAAAAGGAAAAUGUUAAAUUAAAAAGUCGUUUAUUAAAUGUAGAAAAAGAGAUAGAAAAUAAAUUGUUAGAACAGAGAUUACAAUUGGAAGAAAACACUAAUAAAUUACACCAAGAAAAAAUAAUUUUAUCAGCAAGGCUUGAAGAAAUGGAAUUGCAUCAUUCAUCAAGCAAUAAAUUUUCUAAUGAAGAAAUUUCUAGCAUGAAACAAUGUAUUCAUCAGCAAGAAAAAGAAUUAAAGGAACAGGAACGUCUGUUACAAGGAUAUCAACAAGAAAAUGAAAGGCUAUAUUUAGAAUUAAAAACAGUUCAAAAGCAAAAGAAAUUGAAUGAAGGAAAACAUAAAACUCAAAUUGAAAAAUUACACAGCGAAUUAAUUAGAGUAAAAGAGCAACUGUAUUUGAGGGAGCGAGCAAGUAAUUUUAAAUUGAAAGAAGUGGAGAAAUCAGAAAAUACUUCAAACAUUGAAAAAAACAAUGAUGAAAAUGCAAAAGGUGAAAUAAUUCAGAUUAAUGAAGAUGAAAGUUUAAAACAAACUUUGUCAAUGAAACAGGAAGAAAUAUCUGUAAAUAUAAAUUACAUAUUAAAAUAA